UUACUAAUCUAUUAAUUAUGGUGAUCAAACCUAUUGAUCAUCGCGAUUAAUAGUACAAAUUAAAAUCAGGGCUGUACGCCCAAAUCUAAAAAACAUUCAAAACACUUCGAAUCAAACUACGGAUCUUCAUCCUUAUUCAAAACUACGACAGGCCAUUCAAAAAGCCUUCAGACAACUUUCAACCAUAUCAAAUUCAAUUCUAAGGCGUACAACCCUGAACCCGAACUACGUUGACUCUGAUCCUCCAUAAGGAGGUACGUAGGCACUUGGUAACAAGGCGAGUCCCCUUCCUCUAAACUCUAAUCAUGUUCACAUAAUUAGCCUUUAACUCUAUUAACUGUGUGUCAUCUUUCUUUAUUUUAGCCAUAAACCUUCAUCUUAGAUCAAACCUUAGGAAAGGGUUGAGGGUGCCUAACACCUUCCCUCGACCUGAAUAUAGUAUCUUACCCUGAUCUCUUAACUGCGUAGGUUUCCUAUUCGCCUUGGUAGAAUAGGUGGCGACUCUAAAAUCUUUAAUUUUUAGGGCAGGUUGCUACAGAUGGAAAUUAGUGAAAAGAAAUUUUCAUAAAUGUUACGACAUUUUCAAGAACUUGAGUGGAUUUGCUUGGGAUUCAAACACACAUCGUUGGAUUGCUGAACCUGAAGUUUGGAAAACACUAAUUGAGGCAAAACCAGAAGCUGCACAAUGGAUGACAAAACUGGUUCCUAAUUAUGAUAAGUUGUCCAUUGCUUGUGGAGAUGAUAGGGCCACUGGAGAAAAAGUUAUGAAUGAUGAAGAUAUUCGAGAAAAUCAUCCACUCAAUCGUGAGUCAGAGUCCAUUGAAACUAGUGAGCAAGCGACAUUAGAGACUUUGCAAGAGGGAGGUAAUGAUCAAGAUGUUACUUCUCCUGAGGUGCAAAUUCCACAAGAACCUAAAGCUAAAAGAUCUAAAAAGGCUCAAGAUGAAGCUGAAAUUGAAGGGAUAAAAUAUGCUCUUUUGACCAUAGCGGAUGCUUUUAGAGAGAGUACAACAUCUCAUGAUAAAUAUUUUAAAGAAAGUGUUGCUGCUUAUGAGAGAGCUAACAUCAAACUUCCAAUUUCAGAAGCAGAUGUUUGGAAACUUUUACAGGAAAUGCAAGUGGAGAGACAUAUGCUCACUCCAGCAUAUACUUAUCUUCUUGAAUACCCUGAAAAGGUUAGAGCUUUACUUGGACUUCCCAAAGAUAUGCGAAAGAAUUAUUUAGUUGAACUUAUGUUUGGUCAAGGUCGUCCAUCAAGGAAUUUGUGAGAUGAUGAAAAAGAGAAGUUUGAAUAUUGAAGUAAUUUGUGGAUGAUGGAAGAAAGAAGUCGAGAAUAUGUGAUUGUUGCAUAAGUUGUUUUCGAAUACAUUAUCUUGAAUUGUAACUAAUUUUGAUAUAUGUGGUACUUAUGAAAAUUAU